AUGCCUCGACAUCAGCGACCGCCUCGAGGACUACAACAGCGUGAUGGGGCCAAAGCGAAGAUGAAAGAAGACAACAAGACGCAGUACGUGCGGAAGCUCCCAGGGACGAUCGUGCAUGGCGAACGGUUGUUUGGACGACUCACUGCAGAAGCCCCGAGCGCGCCCGGGGUGAUGGGCGUGUUGGACUUCUCUAAUACCCCGUCUUCAAUCGCCGCGAAGCAUGGACAGACGUCGUCCAAUGCUUCUCGUCUACAUGCAGGUCACGAGCCUGUCGUCUCGCGCACGGAGGCUUCCAAUCAUCAAGCGUCACGCUCUAACCCUUCUAUGGACACUUCUAAUCCUCGCCAAAGUCUCAGCACCGUCCGCCGUCCGACCGUGCAGCACGGAAGCUUAGCUGCUGCGCGUACGCAUCCUCAGGGACGCCACCCCUAUCACAUCGCGUCGCCUCAGCCUCAUGGACAAGACGACGUCUUAACAAAUUAUCAGUCAGAAAUGCAGAUGAUGAUGCAGUCGUCUGCUCUGGAUCAUCAGUUACCACAACAAACUCCUCAUAUGCUGCUGUCGACACGGGAAGACCACCGAGAGGUGCUGACGUACGAUCCCUUCUAUGGCGCUCACCCCAUACCUCUUCCUGCGGCCGAGCAGCGACUUCCCAAUAUCGUCAUCGACAAUACAUCAUUCACGCAGCAGCCGUUUCCGGGGCUUGCGCUGGGUUUACCUGGAGGAACCGACUUGCAUUCAGCUGCCAAUGACCCGCCUUCCGAUGGUUGUGAUCACGUCACGACGUCAACUGAACCUCCGCAACAGCGGAGUGCAGCUUCCAAUAACUUUGUUUCAAUGUCCCAACCGUUCGUGACUGAGCUACCGGUACCCACUGUUCCACAUGCUCCAUCGUAUCAUACGAUCAUGCCGACAUGCGCCCCGAUUCAUUCAGCGUCAUCCCAAGCACCCUUGUCACCGGCCUCGCAUUUCUCAAUGGACCAUGAAUCACAAUAUGGCGCCAGUCCUGCACCACCUGCUCAGGCUGUUUGGAAUCUCGCUCCACCAUUGUCGUGCGACCUGAUAUCGCGGCCCUCCAAUCCACUUGUGAAACAGCUCCAUCCCACCUGGUCGCCAAGAGCAGCCGUUGCAAGGGACUACUCAGAAAUGCACGUGAAUGAUCCGCUGUACGGCUCUCACCCCAUACCGCUACCGGAGACGGCUUCCAUAAUCAACGACUUUUUCAGUGAGGCACUUUCUCAUCCUUAUCGGGUAACGACGACAAAGCUACCGGCUCCUCCUGCCAUCAUAUAUCACCCAACGCCUCUGCAUCCAGCGUCGUUGAGGCUCCAACGUUUGUUGAAGUGGGCGCCGCCCAUGCGCGUGACUAGACGUCUCUACUGGAGGGUCGCUUGGGGAGUACACUUGACACCCACAGAAGGGCAUGCACAGUUGACGAAGUGA